AACAAAAACUUGACAAAUAAUUUUUUAAAUUACCAAAAAAAUAUAAAAUAAUAUUUUCUUAAUUAUAUUUUGUCAAUACAGUUUAUUAAUAAUUUUUUUUUAAUGAUAAAAAAUGUUGAUAGUGUUGCGGUAUUGACCGGAUGUUUGGUAGUCAGUUGACCAAAACAUUCGAGAAAAUUCGAGAAUAUUCCGGAACAACCGAGGGUAUAUAAAUGGCCUUGAACACGGCGCGGCAUAUUACUAUCUUGUGAGAUAUCGUACCAAGCGUGUUUUCUGUGUUUCAAUCAAGUUUUAAACGUUUUUUUCUCUAUUAGCAUUAUAUCAAUUACAAUUGAAAAUGCCUGAACAAAUGGAGACUACCGGUGAAGUUGAGACCUUUGCCUUCCAGGCUGAGAUCGCUCAAUUGAUGAGUUUGAUCAUCAACACCUUCUACUCAAACAAAGAAAUUUUUCUUCGUGAAUUGAUUUCUAACUCAAGUGAUGCUCUUGACAAAAUUCGUUAUGAAUCACUCACUGAUCCAACCAAACUUGACAGUGGCAAGGAUCUUUCAAUCAAGAUUAUUCCAAACAAAGAAGAAGGUACCUUGACCCUCAUUGAUACUGGUAUUGGUAUGACCAAAGCUGAUCUUGUCAACAAUCUUGGUACAAUUGCCAAAUCAGGAACAAAAGCAUUUAUGGAAGCUCUUCAAGCUGGUGCUGAUAUUUCUAUGAUUGGUCAAUUUGGUGUUGGUUUCUAUUCAGCUUAUCUUAUUGCUGAUAAAGUAACUGUUACAUCAAAACACAAUGAUGAUGAACAAUACAUUUGGGAAUCAGCAGCUGGUGGUUCAUUCACUGUACGUACUGACAACUCUGAACCACUUGGACGUGGUACCAAGAUUGUUCUUCACAUUAAAGAAGAUCAAACUGAAUAUCUUGAAGAAAGUAAAAUCAAAGAAAUUGUCAAAAAACAUUCACAAUUCAUUGGUUAUCCAAUUAAAUUGGUUGUACAAAAAGAACGUGAAAAAGAAUUGAGUGAAGAUGAAGCUGAAGAAGAAAAACCAGCAGAAGAAAAAAAAGCUGAAGAAGAUGCUGAACCAAAAAUUGAAGAUGUUGGUGAAGAUGAAGAAGAAGAUAAAGAAAAGAAAGUAGAAAAAAAAAAGAAGACCAUCAAAGAAAAAUAUACUGAAGAUGAAGAACUCAACAAAACAAAACCAAUCUGGACAAGAAACCCAGAUGAUAUUACUCAUGAUGAGUAUGGUGAAUUUUACAAAUCACUCACCAAUGACUGGGAAGAUCAUCUUGCUGUAAAACAUUUUUCAGUUGAAGGUCAACUUGAAUUCCGUGCUCUUCUUUAUGUACCACGUCGUAUGCCAUUUGAUCUCUUUGAAAAUAAAAAACGUAAGAACAACAUUAAACUUUAUGUUCGUCGUGUAUUCAUCAUGGACAACUGUGAAGAACUCAUUCCUGAAUAUCUUAACUUCAUGAAGGGUGUUGUUGACAGUGAAGAUUUACCACUUAAUAUUUCACGUGAAAUGUUACAACAAAAUAAAAUUCUUAAAGUUAUUCGUAAAAAUCUUGUCAAAAAAUGUCUUGAACUUUUUGAAGAACUCAGUGAAGACAAAGAAAAUUACAAAAAAUUCUACGAACAAUUUAGUAAAAAUUUGAAAUUGGGAAUUCAUGAAGAUAGCACCAACCGUAAUAAAUUGGCUGAUAUGUUGAGAUAUCAUACAUCAUCAUCUGGUGAAGAAAGUUGUGCAUUGAAAGAAUAUGUUGGUCGUAUGAAAGAAAAUCAAAAACACAUUUACUACAUCACUGGUGAAAGUAAAGAUCAAGUUGCAAACAGUUCAUUUGUUGAACGUGUUAAGAAACGUGGUUUUGAAGUUGUUUAUAUGACUGAACCAAUUGAUGAAUAUGUUGUACAACAACUUAAAGAAUUUGAUGGUAAACAACUUGUAUCUGUUACAAAAGAAGGUCUUGAAUUACCAGAAGAUGAAGAAGAAAAGAAAAAAAUGGAAGAAGACAAAGUUAAAUUUGAAGAACUUUGUAAAACCAUGAAAACAAUUCUUGACAACAAAGUUGAAAAAGUUGUUGUAUCAAAUCGUCUUGUAGAUUCACCAUGUUGUAUUGUUACAUCACAAUAUGGCUGGACUGCUAACAUGGAAAGAAUCAUGAAAGCACAAGCACUCAGAGAUACAUCAACCAUGGGUUAUAUGUCUGCUAAAAAACAUUUGGAAAUUAAUCCAGAUCAUCCAGUCAUUGAAACACUCAGACAAAAAGCUGAUGCUGAUAAAAAUGAUAAAUCAGUUAAAGAUUUAGUUGUUCUUCUUUUUGAAACAUCAUUAUUAUCAUCUGGUUUUAGUUUGGAAGAACCACAAGUACAUGCUGCACGUAUUUAUCGUAUGGUCAAACUUGGUCUUGGUAUUGAUGAUGAUGAACCAAUUGCUGAAGAGCCAAAGGUUGCUGAUGAAGCUCCAGCUGUUGAAGCUGAUGGUGAAGAUGCAUCACGUAUGGAAGAAGUUGAUUAAUUUAAUCACUUUUAGACUGAAAAAAAUAACAACUACACAACAAUAUAUCAACAAUAACAAAUUUUAACUGGGUCAUUAACAUUGUGAUCUUGUUUUUUUUUUUUUUUUCUUCAUUUUAACAUACGUUAAAGUUUAUCCAUUUCAUGACUUGAUUAAAUCAUUCCUAGACUUCAUGUUUUUUUUUUUUCUUCUUUUUCUUUUUUUAUAUAAAUAAAAUACCAAAUAAUA